AUGCUGGACGUUACGGUAGAGACAAAGCUAGAACACGACCAAAUAGAUGUCUCCUGGGAGUGGAAGGGUGAUGGAUGCGCCCCGACUGGCUAUUUGAUAAAAUGGGCGGAUCGGGAGGAGCAGCUUGCGGCUGAUAAGAGAAGAUAUCAACUGCCCAUCGAGGACCAGACAGCGCUCGUGGUCACACUCCAGACCAUGGGCGAGUCAAGCGUCGAAUACAACUCCUUUGUCAACAUCCGCGGCCCCAAAUUAGACAAGGCGAAAGAAGAAGCAAUGACACUUAUCAUGCGACGAAAAGCUGAGCUGCUAAGGGACAUCGCCCGCGUUCGCCGAGAUUUGGAAGAAAACGCCAGAGAAGUCGCCUUUUUUACCGACCCAGAGAGAUUCAAGGAGCGCUCCGAGCAGAACAAAUCCAGAGAGCUCAAAACAGCUGUACGAAAGUUCAACCAAAAGCCAAAACGUGGCCUUGAGCAGUUCAUCCAGCACAAUUACGUGGAUGAAUCACCAAAAUCAAUCACAAAAUUCCUUCUCAACCAAAAAGGACUUUCCAAAUCCGCCAUUGGCGAGUUGCUCGGCGAGCCGGAUCAAAAAUAUCUUGAUAUUCUCGAGCAAUUUGUCGUGGCGAUUGAUUUCACUGGAUUAGAUCUUGUUGAAGCUCUGAGAAGAUAUCUAUCGAAAUUCAAGCUUCCUGGAGAAGCUCAGAAGAUCGACAGGAUUAUUGAGACUUUUUCUAAAGGAUACACAAAUUGCAACCCCACCGUCUUUUCUUCAUCGGACACCUGUUACGUCAUUGCCUUUUCUAUCAUUCUGCUAAAUACCUCGCUACACAACCCCAAUGUCAAAGAAAAACCGACCGAAGACCGUUUCAUUCGAAUGUGCGCCGGAAUCGAUGGCGGAAACGAUCUUCCCGCAUCACAAUUAGGAAGUUACUUCAAAAGUAUAAACAAGAAUCCCUUCAAACUGCCGGAGGAAGAAGAUCAAGCCUUUGCUAAUGUCUUGUACAAUCCGGACAAAGAGGGUUUUCUCUACAAACUUGGAGGAAAGAUAAAGGGAUGGAAGCGGCGCUGGAUUGUGCUUACGGAAAAGACGCUGUAUUACUUCGAAGAAGCAAAAGAUCGAGAGCCAAAAGGCAUCAUUCCUUUGAACAACGUCCAAGUCCGCAAGUGCGACGAAAAAGGCAGGAACUUCUGCUUCGAGCUGUACAAAGAGCAAGAACUUCCAAUGAUGACUAUCAAGGACGUGAAAAUCAAUCCAGACGGAAAAGUAAUCGAUGGAAAUCUUGGUACGAAGAGUCCUAUUAUCCGCUUUUCCGCGCCGACAGAAGACGAUCUCGACGACUGGGUUUCUACCAUCAAAAAAUGUUUGGGACGAGAUCCGAUGUACGACCUAAUUGCGGAUCGCCGCCGCCGCGCAGGGAAGCUACUUCAACGCCAGAGUGUCCUCCAACUGGUCAGACCAAAAUUGGAGCAAAAGAAUGAAGUGGCAGACAUCACCGAGGCGAUUGCUGGACGAGAAGACAGGAAGCUUUUUGCGCCAGAGUACAUCUCCCCAGAGCGGCAAGCGCCACACUCACUUUGGAAACGAUUAGUGAGGCAAGAUUGCUUGAGGAGGAGAAAUGUUAUUGAGAUUCCUGAGUUUUAUGUCGGCAGUCUUUUGAGAGUCACCUACACGGAUAAAUACGCUCAAGACAAAAGCACGGUCUUCGCCGGCCGAGUCAUUUUUCUCCACGGAUUUGGAACGAAUCACAAAGUCUUGCUAAGAAAUUUUGUUAAUGGAACUAUGGUCAAUUUAAAGAUCGAUUUAUAUUCGCCGAUAAUUCAAAAGAUAGAAGUACUGCGGCUUGAAAAAUGGAAGGACAGCAAUCUUCAGUACCUUAAACUAUGCGAUCCUGCUUACUGCACCGUCCCGCUGGAUAUGAUGCCCGAGCCGCCAACACCACUCAAUCAGGAGCUCAAAUACUUCGAAGGAAAAGUUAUGUUCAAGAGACCCACACAAAUGCCAGAACCACCCGUGACGCAGCAAGAGAUGGUUGAUGAUCCCAUCGGUACUGAUGGGAAGCAUUUCAAUGGCCAUUGGCAAAACAUCCACUAUGGAGACAAGCGAAUUUCUUUGAAACAAAACCAGAAGUGGCCGCAGUACCAGAAUCUAUUCGCAGAUGAGUUUACGAUCAAAGAAGAUGACAUUUACGCGCAAUAUCGUCACCGUCUCGCCAACUGGGCAAAAUACGAUAUCAUGCGACAUCACAACUUUGUCGACGAGAAAGAAAAUGUCAUAAAAGAAAUGUCACGGAAUAAGAAAAUCCUCGAGAAAAAGACUCGAGCUGUAGGAAGGCCGAAGGUCGAUUAUUCCAAAAUUUCAAAAGUCUGGAUCGAAGACUAUAAUUUAAAAACCUGCGAACCAAAAUAG